AUGGGUUCCAGCCUCGUUAUGACUGCCCAAACGUUCCAAAGUUCGAGAAAUGGAACAUGGCUACGGUCAACCAACUCAUCAGCCAACUACACUCCUCAAACCGUCAACAACACGAAGGAUAUCGGAAUGUGGAUGAUAGAUGAUGUUGAAACGCAAGCAACACCAUCGUCAAGUCAGAAUCGCCGUCCCAGUACUUCUGCUAAAAGGUGGAAAGUGUCAUGGAGCUGGUUGAAAACGCGGCGGAUCAUUGUGAAAUAUAUUCCCCUCAAAACAGUUAAGGAAUCAAUUCUCUCGAUUGAUCAAAGACAAGCGGAGAAGAAUUGA